AGUCGAAACUUGGAUAUGAAGCUGUUUGAUCAAAAUAAAGUUGCUAUUUAAAACGAUUGUUUUAUUUUUCACGUCAAUUCUUUCACGUCCAUUUCUCAAAAUUCUGAAGAUAAUUAAAAUGGGAGUACCAAUUUGGUUAAUGCUCUUUUUAACGUUGACAAUAUCAUGGAGAUUGACCACCUGUUCUGAUUCGGCCGACAAUUUUAACGAAUGGUUUCAAAAAUUAAACACCGAUCUAGUUGCAAUUUAUCAACAGGCAGCUCGUCUUGCAUGGGAUUCAAGUGUAAAUCCAAACGAUGCAACGGCUGCUGAAAUGCAAAAAUUCAAUGCCAACAAAUCAAAAUGGAGUGAAUUGAAGUGUACGGAAAUUGAAGAGCUCAUCACGUUAGCCGGUCAAUAUCCGCUCACAUCGACCAUUUCAAAUUUAACCAUAUUGAAUGCGAGCGCCCGAUUGUUAUGUGCUGGACCAAAGUUUGAUGCAAAACAAGCCGAACAACUCACUUCAUAUUUGCAACAAAUGCAAACGAUAUUCAUCACCACCGAAGUUUGCCUACCCAAACACUUUGAUGUGUGCCUCAAUUUGGAUCGCAUAUGGGAUUUUACUUAUGUAUCACGCGGUGCCAAUCACUUGGAACCAUUGUGUUUGGAUGAAGUGAAAAAAAAUCGAAAUCAUGUAACCAAAUUGCACUUUUACGAUGGAACCAUUGCAAAGGAUUAUUAUGUGCAUGGUGUGUCGAAAAUUCCAUUGAAAGACGAUAAAAAAGCUGAAAUCGACCUACGAUCGAGUGAUAUGAUGUGUUUGGGGGGAGAAGAAGAAUUCGAUCGAAUCAUGAGUGGUGAUUUCACCGCUUUUAAUCGCAGUGAUUGCGCAUUACGAUUCAACGAAGUUUUCCAUUGGGCGUGGGAGAGCUGGAGAACAGCGGUUGGCACUAAAAUUGGCACAAUUUAUGCGAAAACCAUUGACCUUAUGAACACCGGCGCUAAGGCAAAUGGGUACAAUGACAUUGGCGCAGUGUGGAGACAAGAGGUCGAUUUACUCAAUUUACAAGAAGUCAUCGAUUCAUUAAUGCAAGCAGUUCGACCAUUUUAUCGUCUAUUACACGGUGUUUUGAGGAAUGUUCUCUGGAAUAGAAUCAGUAAAUUCGAGGUGUUUGACAAAAAAUCCACAAUUCCAGCCCAUAUGUUAGGAAGCAUGUGGUCACAAAAUUGGCAACUCUAUCAAAAUUUAAUUUUGCCAUUCAAUGACUUUCAAUUGGAUGAAACGAUGAAGAAUUUAAACUGGACUAUAAUUGAUAUGGUGAAAAAAGCCGAUGACUUUUAUCGUUCGCUCAGUUUACCAGAAAUGCCACAGCAAUUCUGGCAAAAAUCCAUCUUCGAGAAAAGCGAACGAUUUCGUAAUUGUCACGGAACGGCAGCAAAUAUGUUUGUCCCGAAUGAUUACAGAAUGAUUGUGUGUGCUGAGCAAACCAUUCGUGACUUUGGUGUGAUUGUUCACGAAAUGGGACAUCUGCAGUAUUUUAUGGCGUACAAAGAUCAACCGACCAUUUUCCAAGAUGGCAAUGCAGCCAUACAAGAGAGCAUUGGAGAUGCAAUAUUUCUUGGCAUAAUGACGCCACACCAUUUGAAUCGAUUGAAUUUGUUGCCCGACAAAUACCUAGUGUCUAACAAACCAUCGGUAUUCACGCAAUCGAUCAGAAGAGCCAUACAUGCACGGAAACAACGUCCGAAGAAUGAGAACGACGUGGCUCUUGAUGUGACUGCGAUUGAUUUUGAUGACGAUUAUAUCAAAGUUGAUGGGAAACCAUAUCCAAAAUUGUCAUUUCUAAAUCAAAUUGAAUCUGACACAGACGAUGAGUAUGCGUCGAAAUUGACGCGUGAAAUAAAUGACUUUGAUUUGGCAUUGUUGCUGCAUAUGGCCUUGACAAAGAUUCCCGCAAUUCCAUUUCAAUAUCUGAUGGACGCUUUUCGCUGGAGUCUUUUCAAUGGAACCGUUUCGAUGAGCGACGCAAAUGCACUCUAUUGGAAUUUGGCACUUCAAGAGCAAGGCAUCCAUCCGCCCGACUGGAAAGAUCGACGUGGUUACUUUGAUCUUGGGGCCAAAUUUCAUACAUCAGAUAACACUCCGUUCACACGGUAUUUUCUGGCGAGUUUCAUACAAGCACAAAUUUUUGAAGGUCUUUGCAAAGUAACCGUAUACGAUACAGUAAAAACAGACAAACCUCUGCCCAUGCCAUUGCAUCGAUGUGAUAUUUAUGGGUCCAAACGGGCUGGAAAAUUACUCAAGAAAGCACUUCAGUUGGGUACAUCCAGACAUUGGACAGAUGUUCUACAUAUGCUGACUGGAAGCCGAGAAGUGAAAGCUGAUGCUCUGCUUCUUUACUUUAAACCCCUAAUAUCCUGGCUAAACUCUUUGGUUGAUGAUUUUGACAUUCCAAUCGGAUGGUAAAAUAUCCAAUUCAAAUAAACUGAUAAUCACAUUGCUGCAAUUGCAACGAAUUUUACUUUUGUAAAGCACAACAAAAACCAUACGAUUGAAUAAAGAUUUGCAACAUGGGGAAUGGAAA